AUGGCUGACAGCCAGACGGAACCUCUGUGUCAGUGUACGCAAGAUUCCACUGGCACCUCUGUCACAGCUUAUUUUCUUUUACCUAUUAUCUUAUUGAAUUAGCUAUCUAAAAUACGUUAAUAGGGCAUAAUUAAUUAUCUUUCAACUGAAAUCUAUUGUGCUGAAGCGACCAAGAAGUUUUCCAAGAAAGUCAUGAAGAUCGUAGUUUCUGUUAUCGGUGUGGUCCUGGUGGCCGCCCUUACCCUGUUUGCAGAUGCCGCUCACGAGUGUGAGAGGACCUGUGAGGCUGGGGACACCCGUACUUGUUAUUACACCUUCAAUCUUCAGGAGUACCACACAAUGAGUCGUGCUUGCUUCAACUGCCCGUUUAACACGACUGACUGCUCCCGUCCUGAAUGUAUAGCCGGUGAUGGUGUAGCCAGGCCUCUUAUUACGAUCAACCGCCAGCUCCCGGGACCAAGCAUAAACGUGUGCGAGGGAGACCGGGUGGUGGUGGAUGUGUACAACUGGAUGCUGUCGGACACUGAGACCAUCCACUUUCACGGGCACCACAUGAAAGAUUUUCAAUACUAUGAUGGUGUCCCCUUUGUCACUCAGUGCCCCAUCUUAGGCGGCUCCUUCCGCUAUAACUUCGUGACUACAAACAGUGGCACUCUCUGGUGGCACUCUCACUCGGGUCUUCACCGAGGAAGUGGUGUGUUUGGUGCAUUCGUCGUGAGGGAGGUAGAGGACCCCAUGGCUUGGUCCUACGACGUGGACCUGCCCGAACACGUAAUCAUCUUCAACGAUUGGUUCCACGUCUCCACCCCCGACAAGUUUUUUAACCGCUAUCUUUUCACCGAUGACGACUUCGCUACGAACAUCCUCGUCAACGGCAAGGGCAGGCUAUUCGAAGCACAGUACGAGGGUGAGGAGGAAGCAUCUACGCCAGUGGAGGUGGUGAAGGUGACACCAGGACUGCGUCACCGUCUUCGUCUCAUCAACGCCGGGGGACUCAAUUGCCCCACGAUUGUCUCCGUCGACAACCACCAACUUAAUGUCAUCGGCACCGAUGGGGAUCCCAUUGAACCAUACGUUGCUGAUUCCAUCGUUCUGCAUUCUGGUGAGAGGUUCGACGUGGUGCUGGAGGCAGACCAGCUGGUCGACAACUACUGGAUCAGGUUCAAUGGCCUCAUCGACUGCACCCAGAAUGAGUGUGUGCAAGGGGCGGUGCUUCGCUACGACGGUGCUCCUGAAGAACUACCCACCGUCGCUCUGGAGUACGACUCCAACUACCCACCAGGAGUGGUGGUGAACCCCCUCAACUCAGAUGGUGUUGCCGAGGAGGAGGUAACUAUGGUUGAAUUGAACUCCUUCGAGCCCAGCGUCUUGGAGGAACAGGUCGAUAAGAAGUUUUACCUCGCACUCAAUUUCAACCUGGUCGACAAUCUUCUCUUCUUCAACCCUGACUUAUACUCGGUCAAUGAUGUGUCUGAUAUAUGGCAGGCGCCCACACCACAAAUAAACAACAUCACCUUCCGGUUUCCACUCUCCCCUCCACUCUCCCAGCCAAGUGACCCUCAGCCUACUGUGUGUUUCUACGACGAGGAAUCGACAUGUGUUGGUAACUUCUGCGCCUGCACGUACGUUUUUGAGGUGGGGUUGGGGGAGACGGUGGAGAUGGUGUUGGUGGACGAGGGUACCAUUGGUGACGAGAAUCAUCCAUUCCACCUUCACGGCUACAAAUUCCAUGUUGUAGCCAUGCAGCGCCUCGGCAGUGAGACAACCUUAGAGGAGGUCAGAGCCCUGGACGCCGCGGGCCUCAUCACCCGCAGGUUAGAGAAUACCGUGAAGAAGGACACAGUGACCAUUCCUGACGGAGGCUACACCGUCAUUAGGUUCACUGCUGACAACCCAGGAUGGUGGGCGAUGCACUGUCAUCUGGUGUUCCACUCUGAGAUGGGCAUGAUCGGUGCCCUGCACGUUGGUGAGACUAGCGACCUGCCGCCUGUCCCUGAGGGCUUCCCCACCUGCGGCUCCUUCAUGCCAGACGUCUAGGACCUUAGGUCCCUUCAUGCCAAACGUCUAGGACCUUAGGUCCCUUCAUGCCAGACGUUUAGGAUCUUAGGCACCUUCAUGCCUCAACCGUUGGACAUACUGACCCAUCAUGUCAGACCUAUAUGAUCUUUAUGCAGACCUACAAGAUCUUCUAGCUUCAGUGUACAGUUCCAAUACUCUAAUCUCUCUCUCUCUCUCUCUCUCUCUCUCUGUCAUAUUUACACUGUCAUCCUAUUUUAAUGUACAAUUCCCGUGUCUGCAAUGAAACUGAGCUCAAAACUUUAAAUUUUAAUCUUUGUAUCAUAUUAUAUAAUAAAACGCUGUAGCUAUGUCCA